AUUCCUCUGUGGGUUUUAGGCUUGCUUACAGCUGUUAAAGCAUCUCAGAUAGACAAUGUAUCAGCUCAACCAGGAGAGAAUGUCACUAUUUGCUGUCAACACAACUCAGAAACUGGAAAAAACAUACACUGGUUCAAGCAAACAAAGAGUUCUGUACCUAUUGCCAUUGUAUACAUGAUGAUAAGCUACGAGCUUAAGGAACUGCAUACUAAUUAUUUAAAUGGUUUUCAACAAGAUCAUCUGCUGAUGUCUCUGAACACCGAAAACACCUCCCUACAAAUUUUAAAUGUGGAUGUUUCUGAUUCUGGUCUGUACUUCUGUGGUUGGAACUCUUGGGUGAUGACAUUUGGGGAUGGAACACAACUAGAAAUUAAAGAUCUGAACAAGAGGCCGAUUUCUACAAGAGACUGUUCUGUAAACAUCUUUUAUAAGCUGACCUUUAUUUUUGGUGGUAUUAUUUUUAUUCUUACCAUCAUUCUGCUCACCACGCUCAUCAUUAAGAGACAGAACAGAAACACGCAGGGAAAAGAUGCUGAUGGCCAUGAAACACAACAUCAUGAGGAGCCUCAUUCGUCGGUGUAUGCCAGGCCGAUUUCUACAAGAGACUGUUCUGUAAACAUCUUUUAUAAGCUGACCUUUAUUUUUGGUGGUAUUAUUUUUAUUCUUACCAUCAUUCUGCUCACCACGCUCAUCAUUAAGAGACAGAACAGAAACACGCAGGGAAAAGAUGCUGAUGGCCAUGAAACACAACAUCAUGAGGAGCCUCAUUCGUCGGUGUAUGCCGCUCUACAAUUCUCAAAACACAAAUCCAGAAGAGCAGCCAGAAAUACAGAGGAUACAGAUGUUGUGUAUUCUGCCACUAGAUACGGCACACGAUAUAAGCAGGCCCUUACUCAAGAGGCAGGGGUUGUGAAUGAUAUCACUUCCUAUACAGACCCUGACAGGAAGAAGCUGUUCAGUGUAGAAUGA